AUGUUCCACAGAAUCUCACAGUUUUUAACGUGCCAUCUACUGAUCUCAACGACUUUUUCCAUUGCUGUUACAAGUAAGUUCCCUUCCAAUUACUUCCCCCAUUAUGGCAUCUACUCAUCGGGUUGACCUUAUCCCUCCUAAUCCCGUAGAAUCUAAUGGACUCGGCCUUGAUCGCAGAGGUGCCAAACUCUAAUUUUCGCCUUUCCCCAUCAAGAUUUCUGAGGCCAUUAACGGCUCCAAUGGUGGAGUUAAUCGGAGGUUUUGAUCUUCUUAUGACGCCGUUUUCGGAGGGAGAAAAACUUUGUAUUUAAUUUAUGGGCGAAAAGCGGCGAUCAAAUUUGAAUGUGAAAGAUGAGUUUUUAAGAAAGUUUUGAGGAUGAUGAUCACCUUGGGAAUUUGGGGAGAAAAGGUGAAUUCCGAUAAUUUGAGGUCGUCUGGAAUCAGGCGAAAUAUUGCGGAUACUUGAAAGAAAAAAAACAAAAAAAUUAAUUUACAAAAAAAAUUUUUUUGAUGACUUGGGAGAAAUAUUAAAAUUUGUCAGGGGUUAAGACUUAAUUGUGAGAAAAAUUUAUUUUACCGUAUUUUAGCCUUGAUUGGCAUUUGUCUUUUAUUUUAUAUCCCUCAAAUCUUUGCGCUUUCCCUUUUUUCCGUUUCGCAAUCCCCUAAACCAAUCAAAAUUUACUGUAAUCCACCCGGAUAUCCUCCCAAAUCCCCUUUGAGGCUACUUUUUUUCCGUUGAUCCAAUAGAAAACACUUGUUUCCCGAGAGUUUCGGUCGAUUCUUUGAAGUUAUUGUCAUCUCUUCCCCUUUAUUUUCCUUUUAUAUGGCCCAGUCAAAAGGGCCGCGUUUAUUGCAAAGUUGGGUGCCACUUUUCGCGCGAAUGAAUUAAGAGUUGGAUGCCAUUACAGCGGCGUCAAAUUGAAGGACUUGGGCCGCUAAUUAACGCCGCUGUAAAGCGGCAACGGGAAAGCGAAAAGGGUCGGGAUUAGAGGCGGAAGGAAAGGUAAACAACAACACAUAAAACGACUACCUGAUUCGAGGAUUAUCAGCGCUGAGGUCGGGAGUUUUAUCUUCGAAAGUUGCGCAAUAAAGCGGUCAAGUAAUGAAUAAGAGAAUUCAUGCAGCGAUAAAGCGCGACAGGUGGGAGAAUUGCAUAGAUUUGCAUAAGAAUGCGUAGCCUGAAGUGAGCGGCAAGCUGUGAAUUAAGCUUCGGAUUGGGGUCAGUACCUAAAGUAAAGUGGAUUAGAGGGAAAAGAUGACUUCUAGACAUCCGUUGACUCAACAGGCAAUUAACUUUGUCGUUGAAUUAGAAAAAUUUUGCUUAAAAUUCAAGAAAUUUCAAAUUUUAGAAGUGAACUCAAAACAAUUUUUAAACUUCAAAAAUUACCGUAACCCAGAGUCUUAAAAAUCCCCGAACUUUUUGACAACUGUCCAUUCUUCUUUUAUCAUGCCAUUUCUUUCCGCUCAAAGUGACCUCGAUCAUAACAAUUAAUCCAUUAAGCCCCCAUAUCAGAUUACCUUUAAUGAGGGAUUAGAAAUGAUUGAUUUCAGAAGACGAAUGUGUGAAUCGCCCGCUCGGUCUGGAAUCAGGUGCCAUUCUGGACGCUCAAUUAAGUGCCAGCUCGAGUUUCGACACUCUUUCGACGGGUCCACAGAAUUCCCGGUAAGAAAAAAAUUGAAAGGAAAAAUACCCUAAGGGCAAUACAACCGAAGUUUAUUCAAAUUUGGUACAGAUGUUACCUACAGCCUAGUUAUCAAUCUCUGAAAAUUUCGUUAAUGUCCCAAAUUUGAGUUUUUUUUUCUGAAUCAGCACCUAGUAUAAUAUUGGAAAAUAAUCGAAAUUUCAAAGUAAAUCCCAUGCCUCCUUCAGACUAAACUCCGAAUCCGGAAGCGGAGCCUGGUGCCCCCUCAACCAGAUCAACGCCUCCUCCCACGAAUGGAUCCAAGUGGAUCUGGGCCAGGACUUCCUCAUCUCGGCCGUCCAAACUCAAGGGCGCUACGACAAGGGAAGAGGCCGCGAAUAUCCGAUUGGAUACAUGAUCGAAUAUUGGCGACCGUCGCUGGGGAAAUGGGCCCGAUAUCACGAUCAUAAUGGAGUGGAGAUUGUGAAUGGGAAUGAAGAUACGAAGACGACGGUAAAGAGGGACCUUCAAGGGGGCUUUGUGGCCAGUUUGGUGCGGAUAAUCCCGGUCUCUGAAUUCACACGGACUGUUUGUCUGAGAUUUGAACUCUUUGGUUGCGCUUUUAAAGGUAAGGAGAACACUUUUUGGGCAAUCUCAAUUUCGCGUUUCACAAUUGACGAAAUUUUUUUUCCAGAAGAUGUUGCCUCCUACAGUAUCCCUUUGGCCGGCAUGGCCGAACUUCCGGAGCUCCGCGAUUCCACUUACGAUGGUGAAGAAAUCGAUGGCAUGCAUCGAGGAGGGCUCGGGAAGUUGACUAAUCAUAGAGUGGCCACCUCCAAUCUCCCCAAUGACACGGUGAAUUGGGUCGGCUGGAAUCGACAUCAGCUCGGAUCCAAGGUCAAGAUCGACUUCAACUUUGCCCAUUACGUCAAGAUUUCGACCGUCUAUUUCCACGUCUCUGUGGAUCAGAAGAUAAACGCCAAAUCUUUCAAGGAUAUUACAGUGAUUUUGUCCACUUUCGAAGAUCGAACCAAGCCUCCAAUGGUCAGAUUUGUGUCAUUGGAGAUGCCGAAAGAAGAGGGGCCUCAAUGGGUUAAAGUGGAAUUGGAUGAGAGCUCCUGUAAGCACAUCAGAUUCGAGCUGAAGAUGGCGGAAGAUGCUGAUUGGCUGAUGAUGAGUGAGGUCAUGUUCGGCAAAGGUAAGAGUUAUGUUAAUCAAGAAAGGCUUGGCUCAAAUGUGGAGUCGUUUUUUAAAGCAAAUUUCGAACAGUCCGAGUCCAAUGUUUUUAGUCACUAUUACCCUAAAAAUACCAAUUUCUUAAAAUAACACAAAAUGUUUUAGAUUCCACCACAUCUCCUCCCGUCCUCCAACAGAAUCUGAAUGAAUUCGAUGCCUUUGAAGACAAUACUUUCACCGUCUUCUCCAUCCAAACCAAUGUGGAUCAAGACAGCGUCAUGUGGAUUGUGAUCGGUAGGUUUUUCAUUAUUAAUGUCAUCUUUAAUACAGAGAAUUUCUAAUCGUUUUAUCUUCAGCCGGCGUUGGCGCAGUUGUUUUUGGAUGCGGCAUCUUGUUGGUGGUCGUCUAUUGUCUGUUGUGUUUGAAUUACACGAGAAAAACCUCGGCUACGAGCAGCCUCAAACUGAAUGUCAACUCGGAUCUGAGCUUCAAACGCCAUUUGUCGCCAUAUCAGAACAGAUACGAUCCAAAUGUGCAUGUGGAUAAGUUCCCGCCUCCAAGUUCGGCCGAUAGUUCAAGCGAAUAUGCUGAGCCGGACAUCGAAAAGUGAGUAAUCUUUGAUAAGUCAGGAAAUUUUGGGAUCCAAAAGCUCAGGUUUGAAAGAAAAUUGGCAUAAAGUUGGAUAGCGCAUUGAUUUCAAGGCUAAAAAAUACCUUUAGUCCUAAAACGGGAAAAAAAGUUUCAAUUUCGAUUACAUCUAUCAUCCUCUAAAUCAAAAUUUUUCAGUCUUUCCGAGCCUCUGAUUAAAUCCUGGCACAGCCGAGCGUUGGAUCAUCUCUCUCCCCCCUACUCGGUCCAUUAUGCAUCCCGGGAUGUGGUCGCGGAUCUCUCCACAACUGAUCUUUUGGAUCCUUUGGGGCCUCUUCAGCGAUACCCCGACUGUUCGGCCCCUCAAAGCAUCGUCGAAUACAGCAAUGAUCUCUUCCAAAAAGGCGUCGUUCUUGGCGAAGACGCGGGCAUGCGACUAAUUGUAUGUCCCACUGGACCUGGACGAGUUUUGGUGAAGAUUCCGAAGAAGGAUUUGGCCAGGGAAGGAUUGAGACGGGAAAUUGGGAUGAUGAACAGAUUGAGGCAUCAGAAUAUAAUGAUUUUGUUGGGAACCACGACCCUCGAGAACAGGAAUUGUGCGGUUUUUGAGAUGGGGGAGGCCCUGGAGUUGGGUGGAUAUCUAAAUGUUCUUCCUGACAUGAGGUAAGGUCCAGUGGAAUAUAAUCGAACUCCCUUGUAGAAACGACUCUCUCCUAUCGAUUGGAACUCAAAUUGCCGCCGCCAUGGCCUAUCUGGAGUCUGUGGGUCUGGUGCAUCGAGAUUUGGCUGUCCGAAAUUGUCUUAUCGACAUCGAUGGGACAGUCAAAGUGACCAUGGAUUACGGUAGAUACUGUCAACAUUACAGUCAUCAUUACACCCAACACGGAGAUUACAAGCUCCCGUUGCGAUGGAUGGCUCCCGAAUUACUCGACACCACGUAUGCUUCGGUCUCCGGGGACACUGUGACCCCAGCAUUACCAUCGACAGCCCCUCCAUCAUCCCCUCAAAUGUCCUCGGCCACAACAUCUACUGUAGGGAGCACAUCGGACGUGAAUACAGUAUCCUACAGUAAUAAAUCGGAUGUGUGGGCGUUGGGAGUGACGUUGUGGGAGGUGUUUGAGAAGGGACGAAGUUUGCCAUUGGGAAAUUUCGAGGACAAAGAGAUCUUCCGACUGAUUCAAGGUCUCCAAGAGGAUCAGAUGACGGUAGGUGAAAAAAGGACCCAAAAGUAUAUUAUAAAUGCCGAAACAAAACUUUAAAUUAUUUACUAUUCACUUUUCUUAUUCUAAAAAUUGCAUUUUCAGAGUCUACUCCCCCUCUCGGAUUACUGUAGUCCCCUAUUAUACGAUGAAAUCUUCCGGAUUUGUUGGGAUUUAGACCCGGAACGACGCCCAACGCUAUCCGAAAUCCAUCGAUUGAUGCAAAACACGUUCAGAAGACUGGUAACCUGUCCACCCAUGUGA